AAAGUACCACAAACACAAAUACUUGUCUUCAACUUUAAAGUAACCCUUGCUUCAUUUACCCAUGAAAAUUACAGGCCACAGGGCUCUUAAAAAAUUCCAUGCCUUUUCCACAAUUGAAAAAAGAUUUAAAGAGAAACAAAAAGCUCCAUCAAUGGCCUCACAUAAUGGGUGGCAGGUAAAUGGAGACUUAGACUUUUAUAGCAUAUAAUUAAGAAAAAGAAGAGAAUACGGAAUUAUCAAAGAUGGACUCAAUUCUCUGUGAUGAGUUGCUUCAGGAAAUCUUCCAUCGUCUUCGGCCGCUGUGUUCCGCCGAAGUCUCCCUCGUUUGCAAGCGGUGGCUCCGCCUCCUCCGAUCAUCCACGUCCUCGCUUUCUCUUUACUUCAGCCCCACUUCAUACGAUUCCACCACAAUUAAUUCACUUUCAUCUUUCCUAAGCCAACACCCUUAUCUUUUAUCACUAUCUCUUACCCUCUCCACUGACUGCGACACCUCUGCCGCCGCUCAUGUCCUCCUUUCUGCAUCCGCUUCUUGCCCCAAUCUCCGGAACCUUCGAUUUUUGAGCACCCCAGUAUCGCCGUUCUCUCUGUUCAACCUCUCGAAUUCUUGUAAUCAUCUCUCUUCUCUCACUAUCUUUCUCUCUAGACCCCUCUAUUUCCAUUGGGUUAAGUUUUUCAACUCACUAAAACACCUUACCCUCUUUCUUGUAAACCCUUCAACUCAAUUCAAUUCACUUGGUGUCAAUGAAAUGAAUGAAAUUCUUGAUGUUGAACUGGGUUUAGAGAGUCUCUCUGUAUCUGGUAUUCGAGCGGGGGAUUUUGGGCUUAAUUUUCUAUGGAGAAACUGUAAGAACAUCAAGAAACUUCAGCUGAAGAGCUGUGAAAGUUUAGGUGAUAACGCCUCCUUUUCGGGUUUCAUUAUGCGUCAAAAGGGUCUUCAAGAAGUGGAAUUGAGGACUUGUAGGAGUAUUGUUGAUGGGGUUUUGUUGAAAUUGGCUGAGAAUUGUGUUUCAUUGGAUUUUCUGUUGGUUUAUGAUGGUGGUAGUAGAGAAGGUUUGCAUCAAUUCAUAAGUCAAAGCAAAUGUAAAUUGCGGAAACUUGAUUUUCGGUUGCCUCUCGAUCUUUAUAACAGUCAUUUGAUUGCCAUAUCCGAGAAUCUGAAUUUUAGGAGUUUGGUUAGUUUAAGGUUGCAAAGUUGCUGUCUUGUUACUGGCGAGGGAUUAAAGGCUCUUGGGAGGGUUAUGGGCAAUGUGCUUGAAGAACUUUCAUUGAUUAAUUGUGAUGUGGUCGAGAGAGAAUUCGGGCUAUUGACCACUUUAGGACAGAAUUUGAAGAGGUUAAGGAAAUUAGACUUGUCUUAUAAUGAAAUGUUGCACGACAGGGAGUUCAUAUCAAUGCUCAUUUCGUGUAAUUCCUUGAGUGAACUGAAAUUGAGGGGUUGUAAUAGGUUGACUAGCUUAUCUGUGAAUUCAAUGAUUAGGAACUGUAAAUUGUUGCAGAGCGUUGAUAUAACGUACUGUUGUGGGAUCGAGGUGGAGGCAGUUGAAUUAUUUUUGUUGAACUCCCCGCAGUUGAGAAAGGUACAAGUCGAGCAAAGCAAAAUUUCCAAUGUUGCGAGAACAUGGUUGACGAAUAAAUUCAUCGAGGUGGUAGCUUGAUGAUCUGGUAUAACGCGUGAAUCAAAGAGGUGCACAUAUUCAUGGCCAUAUUAUAGUUGUUAUAAUGUUUCUUUGGCUUUAAUGCGUAUAUAGUAUAAAAUAAAAAUGGCCACUUCUGUUGCUGAAAAUGAUAAACUCACUGGAUUCAAUACGUAACAAUGUGUAAACUUUUAUUCUGUUGAUAUAUUUUUAAGCAUUCUUGAAGGAGCCUCUGUUUGUCACCGUUUCAUGUUUAUGUUGAAGUGGUCGUGUAAAUGUUGUUCAUACAUAUUCUUGUAAGAAUGGUGUACGCGAGUCAUCUUGAUAAUGUAGUCCUCAAAUGUGCUCGUUUCCUUGUAUGCUUGGUAGAUUGCCCUUUUAA